ACCCCGCCGACGGAGCCAGCGCCCCGGGGACCCCCGGAACAUCUCACAGCGGACGAAGGAGUCCCUGUUGGGGAACUUGGCGGCGGCGUGACGGGGACCUAGGGAUCUGCAGUGGGGCCGCCGGAGCAAGCGCCUCGACCUCGGCCUGAGAAUAGUUUGAUGGAAAACCGAUUACCUGACUGUUGGACCUGAAGAAUCUUAAGGGAAACCCCUUUUCAAGGAGAAAUGAAGAAGAAAACUGUCUAUACCCUAAGUGUGGGAGAUCAGGAUUAUGAAGAUAUGGAAGGUGAAGAAGACAAAGAUAAUACUGCUGCCACUGGUCUGUUGUACAGUGAAGCUGACAGAUGUCCAAUAUGUCUUAACUGCCUAUUAGAGAAGGAAGUUGGUUUUCCAGAAAACUGUAAUCAUGUCUUCUGUAUGACCUGUAUUCUUAAAUGGGCAGAGACACUGGCUUCAUGUCCUAUUGACCGGAAACCUUUUCAGGCAGUGUUUAAAGUCAGUGCAUUGGAAGGUUGUGUUAAGGUUCAAGUAAAAAGACAGUUGAGAGAAACAAAAGACAAGAUAAACAAGAGCUCUUUUAAGAAACAGCUCUCCUGUCAUGAAAAUUCUAAAAGCUGUAUGAGAAAAAACAUCAUAGGAGAAGAUCUAUUAAGUGCAAAGCCUUAUGACUUGAAGAUGCGUAGAGAAAUUAAAUACAGUGCAGUGGGAGGAAAGAAAAAUGCAACAAUAAAGAUAAAGCCUCGAAGAUCAAAUCAGUGUACAAGUCAGUACUUCAGAAAUUUUUUCUCCAAUAUGUUUUCUUCUAGUAGUCACACUGGAGAAUCUUCUUUUACCUGUAGAUCUUACUGUACAGAAUUUAUAGAAGUCAAUGAAAUCAGUGCAUUAAUUAGGCAGAAGAGACAGGAACUGGAAUUGUCAUGGUUUCCUGACACAUUGCCUGGAAUUGGAAGAAUUGGUUUUAUACCCUGGAAUACUGAAACAGAAGUCCUUCCUCUCAUCCCUUCUGUGUUGCCAAGAACUGUUUUUCCAACAAGUACCAUAUCUUUAGAGAAUUUUGGUACGUCUUGCAUGGGACAUGCAUUAGCACAUACUCAAGAAGGAGAAGAGAAGAAGCAAACUUCUGGUACAUCAACCACCAGGGGAUCAAGACGAAAACCUGCAGCAGCAACUCCUACAAGGAGAUCUACACGUAACACAAGAGCCGAAACAGUCACUCAGUCUCAGAGAUCCCCAGUAUCAAAUAAUUCUGGGUGUGAUGCCCCAGAUAACAGUAAUCCAUCUGUAAAUGUUUCUUCUUCAGCGGAGUCAGAAAAGCAAACAAGACAGGCCCCAAAACGGAAGUCUGUAAGAAGAGGAAGAAAACCACCUUUACUGAAAAAGAAACUUCGGAGCUCUGUGCCUCCUCCUGAAAAAGCAUCUUCCAGUGAUUCAGUAGAUGAUGAAACAGCGGAAUCUGACACACCACCUGUGUUAGAGAAAGAGCACCAGUCAGGUGACGAAAGUAGUAACACUUGUACUGUGCAGACAAAUGUAGAAAGUAAGUCUGCUAAUAACUUGAAAAGUUGCAGUGAGCAAAUAGAAGAAAGUGAGGAACAUACUGAGAAUCAUGAUACAGAGGAAAAAGAGGAAUCUUCACAUUCUGAGUCUUGUAUCCAAGAUCCUCCCGUUCUAGUUGGAGCCGAGGAGGAAGUUCAAAAAGUUGAGAAUACAGAUACCGAGGAAGUUCAAAAAGUUGAGAAUAGAGAUACUGGGGAAGUUCAAAAACUUGAGAAUAUAGAUACCGAGGAAGUUCAAAAACUUGAGAAUACAGAUACCGGGGAAGUUCAAAAAGUUGAGAAUACAGGUAUCGAGGAAGUUCAAAAAGUUGAGAAUACAGGUAUCGAGGAAGUUCAAAAAGUUGAGAAUACAGGUAUUGAGGAAGUUCAAAAAGUUGAGAAUACGGAUAACAAGGCUAAUGUUUUUUGUUUAGAAAGUGAGAUUUCUAAAAAUAUUUCUGAAGAAGAAGGUGAUCCACUAGAAAAUCAAGACCAAAUAUCUCGACCUUCAGAAUCAGAGGUAAAAGCAGAUAAAUGUACAGAUCAUCCUCCACAUGAUUCUCUUACAUAUUCAGCAUCUGAAGUUGAAGUACACCAACCUGUACCAAGCCUAGGUGAGUUAUCUGAGAAUGCAGAGGUAGUGGUUAAUGCAGAAAAAGUUGUGGAGGGUCAUGAAGAUAAAGUUAUAGGUAUUAAUGAUGAAGAGGUUAUAGGGAGUCCUAUAGUAGAAAUUAUUGAUGAUAAAGAUUCUUCAGUAAAAGCAGAACAUCUUGUAGACAGCCCAAAAUUAGAAUCUUCUGAAGGUGAAAUUACACAAACAGUGGACAAAACAGCUGUUGUGAGCUCAGAGAUUCAGUUGCCUGGGCGUGUUGAAACUGAAGAUGCAGAAAUAAUUGCAACACGUGAUACUACAGGGAAUGAAAAUUUCAGUAGUAUUCAAGACUCUGAAAAUAAUUUAUUAAAAAAUAAUCUUAACAUCAAAUUAGACACAUCUUUAGAAGAGAAGGCUGAAUCCCUGGUUGAACAUCCCAGAGCUACAAAAUUACUUAACACACACAUUGAACAGAUUCAGAAGCAUUUGAGUGAAGACAAUAAUGAAAUGAUACCUAUGGAAUGUGAUUCAUUUUGCAGUGACCAGAAUGAAUCUGGAAUUGAACUGUCUGUAAAUGCUGAUGCUAAACAACUGAACAAAAGUUCUGCAGAGCACGGUUCUCAAACUAGUAUUCCAUCUUCUGAUCCUGUAAGUGAAAAGGUUGAAACUGUAUCUCAACCAUUUGAAAGCCCCGUAGAUAUGACAGAUAAAGCCAAAAAGCCUCGUACUCGAAGAUCUAGAUUUCAUUCCCCAUCUACAACUUGGUCUCCCAACAAAGAUGCUGCACGGGAAAAGAAGCGGUCUCAGUCUCCAUCUCCCAAAAGGGAAACUGGAAAAGAAAGCAGGAAGUCUCGAUCACCAUCUCCCAAGAAAGAAUCUGCAAGAGGACGGAGAAAAUCUCGUUCUCAGUCCCCAAAAAAGGAUAUUGUAAGAGAAAAAAGGCGAUCGCAGUCUCGAUCUCCAAAAAGAGAUAGCACUAGGGAAGGCAAAAGGUCAGAAUCACUAUCCCCAAAGAGAGAGAGUUCUAGAGAGAAUAGAAGAUCUCAGUCAAGAGUGAAAGAUUCCUCUCCAAGAGAAAAAUCCAGGUCCCGGAGCAGAGAAAGAGAAAGUGAUAGAGAUGGAUCGAGGAGAGAUCGAGAUAGAGAUCGAGAAAGGAGAACCAGAAGGUGGUCUAGGUCCAGAUCUCGUUCUAGAUCACCAUCAAGAUCUAGAACAAAGAGUAAGAAUUCAUUAUUUGGUAGAAAUGACAGAGAUAGUUACUCUCCUCGGUGGAAGGAAAGAUGGACAAAUGAUGGUUGGAGAUGUCCUCGAGGAAAUGAUCGGUACAGAAAGAAUGACCCAGAGAAACAGAAUGAAAAUACAAGAAAAGAAAAAAAUGACAGUCCAGAUGCUGAUGAUCCAAAUUCUGCUGACAAACAUAGAAAUGACUGCUCCAGUUGGGUAACAGAAACAAUAAAUUCUGGGCCUGAUCCAAGGACCAGAAAUCCAGAAAAGUUAAAAGAUUCCCAUUGGGAAGAAAAUAGAAAUGAAAAUUCAGGGAAUUCUUGGAAUAAAAACUUUGGUUCAGGUUGGAUGUCUAACCGUGGUAGAGGUAACCGUGGCAGAGGCACUUACAGAGGUAAUUUUGCCUACACAGAUCAAAAUGAAAAUCGGUGGCAAAACCGAAAACCCCUCUCAGGGAAUUCAAAUGGUUCAGGGAAUGAGUCUUUCAAGUUUGCAGAACAGCAACCCUAUAAACGGAAAAGUGAGCAAGAGUUCUCAUUUGAUACACCUGCAGAUAGGUCCGGGUGGACAUCUGCAUCUAGUUGGGCUGUGAGAAAGACUCUACCAGCAGAUGUGCAAAACUAUUACUCACGACGAGGGAGGAAUUCCUCGGGCUCACAGUCUGGAUGGAUGAGACAGGAAGAGGAAACAACUGACCAGGAUUCUAACCUAAAAGACCAAACAAACCAACAAGGUGAUGGUUCUCAGCUACCUAUAAAUAUGAUGCAACCACAAAUGAAUGUAAUGCAGCAACAAAUGAAUGCACAACACCAGCCUAUGAAUAUCUUCCCAUACCCAGUGGGUGUUCAUGCUCCUCUGAUGAACAUCCAACGCAAUCCAUAUAAUAUUCAUCCUCAGCUACCCUUGCAUCUGCACACAGGAGUACCUCUCAUGCAGGUAGCUGCUCCUACCGGUGUAUCUCAGGGACUACCACCACCACCACCCCCUCCCCCGCCAUCCCAGCAAGUCAGCUACAUGGCUUCACAGCCAGAUGGAAAGCAAUUGCAGGGUAUUCCUGGUGCUUCUCAUGUAAGUAAUAACAUGAGCACACCAGUCUUGCCUGCUCCGACAGCAGCCCCAGGAAAUAUGGAAACAGUUCAGGGACCAAGUUCUGGUAAUGCUUCGUCAUCAAGUCACAGCAAAGCCUCUAAUGCUGCUGUAAAAUUGGCAGAAAGCAAAGUAAGUGUUACAGUGGAAGCCAGCGCAGAUAGCUCGAAGACAGACAAGAAAUUGCAAAUCCAAGAGAAAGCAGCACAGGAGGUAAAACUGGCCAUUAAGCCAUUUUACCAAAAUAAAGAUAUCACCAAGGAAGAAUAUAAAGAGAUUGUACGAAAAGCAGUAGAUAAAGUUUGUCAUAGUAAGAGUGGAGAAGUCAAUUCUACUAAAGUGGCAAAUUUGGUUAAAGCCUAUGUAGACAAAUACAAAUAUUCACGGAAGGGAAGCCAAAAGAAAACUCUGGAAGAACCUGUGUCUACUGAAAAAAACAUAGGGUGAAAUGGAGAGCACUAUAAAGGACACUGUCAAGAUAUCUGCAAAGUGCAAUUCCAAUAUGUACCUUUAACUGAAAAUCAUACAUAACUGUGAUUGACAUUUGGUUUUGAUAAAAUUAUUUUUUUUAACGUAGGAUAUAAUGUUUUGUUCAAAAUAAAUAAUAGUUCUGCACUGUAACUUCUAUAUCCUUUCCUUCUCUCCCCCGCCAAUAAAAGCAAAUUCAAGGGAAAGUAAAGGGGUUAAAGGAAUGUGCAUUUUUACUAGGACUGUGUUACAGUGUGGACACUAGAAGAUGUACAGCUUUUUGAUUUGAACAAUGAAGUGCAUAAAUUAGAAAUUUCUAAGUGCACUGGUUUUGGAAGAGAUAUAUAUAUAAUACGUUUAUUCUGUCUGGCUAAAAAUAAAGUAUGAUCUAUAUGAUUUUUCCCUCUAAUUAUAGAAAGUUAAGUAAUGUAUUACCAUGAAAAAUAUUUCUAAUAACAGAACAUACCAGUUGCAGGGCUCCUAAUCUGUAUUUUUAAAGCACACAUCUGAAUAAAUUGCUUAGAUAGAAAACAAAUUAUCACGAGUAAAAUUCAGUGUUCAAAACUUUGGAACACUGUUGACCUAUUGUAUCACCAAAUAAAGGGUAUGCUGCUUGUUUUUCUUUGUGCCUUUCUUUCCCCCGAUUGAGAUGAAGCAGUUUCAUUUGCUAGAUAUACAACUUUGGCAGUCUAAAUUCUUUGUUGAAUGUAGAAGACCAGUUUGGAAAAAGUGUUGACUUUGUAAAAAUUGUAAAAAUAUUAUUCUUUCAUAAUAUUUCCUACCUAUUAGAGAUGAUAAAUUAUCUGUGCCAACCAGAGAACUGCUUUUAAGUGGUGGUGACCCUCCCGUCCUUGGAACUAAGGUAGAAUUAUAAGACUCACUUUAGUGGCUUCGGGUGGUUGUUCGUCUGUCCAAUCACUAAUGAAAUUCUUUUCACACUUGAGAAAUCUCCACAUGCUUUACAAUGAAUAAAGUUAAUUUGGUGACUAGAUGAUGGCCAUUAAGCAUGUUGCAAAAAUCUUGACAUUAAAAUCUGUGUUUUGGAAAGGGAGUGGAAUUAAAUAAUGGCAUUUUGGUUAGGCCUUCAGGGACUAGAGAUUUGGUGUGUUUUUUUUAAAUACUAGAAUAUGUUAAUUUUUAUAAAAGGUAAGUUAAAAGUAUUAUAGUACCAUUAUUUUAAUAGGCAUUUUGGAAGAAAACAAUGGGUUGUCUCCAUGAUAAUCUGUCUUUAAUUCUAGUAACAAUUUUCAGUAGAUACCAAAUAUAACUGGAAAGCUAUUCAGAUAAGAUGUUAAUGGCUCAAAGAUAAAUAUAUGCCUCAGUGAGACAGACCCUUUUAUUCGCUAAACUAGCAAGAGCAAUACGCUAUAGGACUGCUUUUCUGAAGUAAAGAUUGUGUUUCUCAAUUUUAUGUGUAUAAUACUUUCCUGGUGCUAGCUUUGGUAGGCAAAAUAUUUUGAAAUGAUGGCCCCAGUAAUGAUUGUGCUAGUUCAUAAUUUUUGUUAGGUUAUGAGUGUAAUCCCAAAAAGUAAUGGAAAUACUUCCAAGCAGUUUUUGAUCUUUAUUCUGCAUUUCUGGGCAUUUGUAAUAUGGUAUUCUACUGAUUUUUAUAUAUAUAUUUUUAAUUAAAAUUUGUGUUUAGAUAAUGGGGGAAGAAGUGUAGAAGUAUAUUUCUUCUAAUAAAAUAUUAAGACAGUGUUUUAAAUAUAAGUGCACACAUCCUCACUUAUUUCAGCUUUGAGCUCUAGAAACAAUUGUGUGAACUUUAAAUCUAUUUUGAGUUAAAGUUGGUUCACACUUUGAAAAUUUUGUAGCCGAUUAAUCACACAAUGCCUGCUUUUCCUUUGUUUUCUUUCAGUGACAUUUGGGAAUUGGGUGACAUUUUAAAAGUUGCUUUACACCAUUUAUCUUUUGCAAACAUGUUUAAAAUAAGCUUUGAAGAAAAACUAGGUAGUGUGGUCAAGUCUCAGAUCUUUGGUAGCACUGUCAUGAAUUAUUUCCACCUUUCCUGAAAAUAAGGUAUAGUCCACAUGUGGUUGGCAUACCGGUUAGACUGCAUUUAAAAUAGCUAAUGAAGAAUGUUACUGGGUUAGAUUUUCAAACUUGGAAAUAUUUAAGAAUGUGUUAGAAAGUGCAUGCUUUAUGUUAAAAAAUAUACUGCUUUAACAUUCCUCAGAAAUUUAUAUUAAUUUUGCAUGUGCGCAAACUUAAUCAAAAACAUUCUGUGGGGUUACAGAUUUCUCAUGUUAUUUAUGAAGAUUCAGUAUUAACUUGACCUUUGGAACCUUGGUCCCUUCAACUUACUAGUCACAUUGACCAAUGUUUUAGGCUAUAGUGAUGCCUAGAAUUUUGAGACUAAAGGUAGUUAUUUAUUAUUUGAACAUUCCAAAAGUUUUGUGAUUUUUUUUAUUGCCCUGGUAAUUACCACAUUUUCUUCAUCAUCUUCCUUUAAAUGGCCAUGGUGUGUGCUGCUUGAAUGUUCCGUCCAAAAGAUGGAGCUUCGGAAGCACAGGGGCUGCCUGUGGUCCUUGAGACACUGUUGCUGGUUUGAGGAUGGAGUGCUGUCUACUGAAACAAUGCUCUUAAACAGAUAUGUAGUAUGUAAUAUUUUCUAAUAAAUUCUUUUGAUAAACAACAUAGUGUCGUUAACAUUUUAUUAAGAAUCCUGGGAAAUGGACUUUUACCUCAUUAUAACUCUUUCCAGACAUUUGUUAUUUCUUGGAUUUGUACCAAAGUAACUAGCACCAUAGUCGAUGUCCAAGUUGUAAAGCAAGCUGAGUUACCGAUAAGCAUCUCUUUUAAUAGAAUUAUUUUUCCUAAGAAAAAAAAUCAUUGUAGGAAAUUAGAAAAACUUUAGCAAAUAAAAAUUGUAGAGGGAAGAAACGGAAUAACAAAAGAAGAAUCAGCUGUAACUCUUCCAUUUAAAGGCAACAACUAUUAACUGAUCAAACGGCACAUGAUUGUUGUAACUCAUCCUGUUCACUUGAUGUAUUGAUGUAAUAAAAAUUACUCUACAGCA